CCUUUCUAUCUUGAUGUACUCAAAUCUUACAGAUCCUCAACUUGAUGAGAUUGUUCAACAUUUGGUGGGAGAAAAUGAAGAGAUAGGGGCAAAUGCUGUUCGGGCCAGGCUUGCAGCUAUAAAUAUUCGAGUGCAGCGAAGAAGAGUUAGAGACAGUAUGAUCAGAGUAAAUCCAACAGGAGCUGCACAGAGAGCGUUGGCCCAAAGACUGCACCGAAGAACCUACCGUGUUGCAGGUCCAAACUCACUGUGGCACAUUGAUGGAAACCACAAACUUAUCAGAUGGAGAGUAGUGAUCCAUGGCGGAAUCUGUGGCUUCAGCAGACUAAUUGUGUUUUUGCGGGCUUCGGACAACAACCGAAGCAACACGGUGUUUGAACAAUUUGUUCAAGCCACUGCCAGGUAUGGGGUACCAUCUCGGGUCAGAUGUGACCACGGAGGAGAGAACAAUGAUGUGUGCAUGUUCAUGAACACUUACCGUGGAUCAGAACGAGGAAGCGCUAUCCGUGGCAGAAGUGUCCACAACCAGCAGAUAGAGAGACUGUGGGGAGAUCUCUGGCGAGGUGUGACUAAUGUGUACCAUCAGCUGUUUUCCUUCCUUGAAAGUGAGCGAAUCAUUGACUGCUCCAAUGAACUUCAGAUGUGGGCACUACAUUAUGUUUAUCUUCCAAGGAUAAACCGGGACAUUCAAGUUUUCGUGGAUCAGUGGAACAACCAUGGUUUACGAACUGUUGGCCACCACACGCCAUACCAAAUAUUUGUCCAAGGAUGUCUGCAAAGACAAGCUCAACCACUCACUGCCAUGACUGAGAUUUUUGAAGGCAACACAGCUCCACAAGGUGCAGCUGUUUCAGUUCCUGUACUGAACUGGCAGGAAGCAGUUAGUGUUCCUCUUAACCAGUUCCGUCCAAAUGACAGGCAGAUGCAACUAAUCCAAGAUGUGGACAUUUUUGCAGGACCUAUAGGUAGUCAGUCUAUAGAUGCUCUACAAAGGGUAAUCAGUGUUUUGCAGGAAUAAAGUUUA